UAAUUAACACCAACUCUUAUUAUAAUAUGAAACAAUUUAAGGCAAUUUCUUAUUAUCUGUAGAUAUACUUUCGUUAUGAUGCAAGGUAAAACAUUUAACAUGAAUGCUACACCAGUCCUCAUUGAGGGAUGGAAUCUUGAAAGGGUUCUAGGUUGUGGAGGAUUUGGUAUUGUUGAGCUUUGGGUACAUACAAGCGGUAAAAAGCUCGCAAUCAAAAUAUGUAAAAAAGAUACAGCACAAUUAACAGAAACACAACAAAAAAGAUGGAUUCAUGAAGUGCAGAUAAUGAAACGGUUAAAACAUUCCAAUAUUAUUAAAGGAUUAGAGUUACCAUUUAAACAUCCUAAUGACAAAGUAGAUUUACCUGUACUUUGUAUGGAAUUUUGUAGAAAAGGUGAUCUCAGAAAGGUUUUAAAUAAAGUAGAAAAUUGCUGUGGUGUUAGUGAAAAAGAAGCAAUUAAUGUAAUGAAGGAUAUUUCUUCUGCAGUAGAAUACUUACAUUCUAAUAAUAUUACUCAUCGUGAUUUAAAGCCUGAGAAUAUAGUUUUACAGGAUGAACAUAAUACUAUUUCAUAUAAAUUAAUAGAUUUGGGAUAUGCAAAAGAACUUGGUGAAAAUAGUACAUCUGGAUCAUUAGUAGGUACGUUGAAUUAUGUAGCUCCAGAGCUACUAUGGAAACAAACAUAUAGUUGUUCUGUAGAUUAUUGGAGUUUGGGCAUUCUUUUUUAUGAACUUGUCACUGGUACAAGACCAUUCUUAUCAAAUAUGCAACAUACUAUGUCAUGGAUGCAACAUAUCAGAAAUAAAGGAUAUGAUGAUAUUUGUGCUUUUAAAUCAGAGGGGAAAAUAGUUUUUGGUCAAGAUAUUGCCAGUCCUACAAACUUGUCAAAAUGUCUUAAAAAUAAAUUGGUAGAAUGGUUUAAAGUAGUAUUACAAUGGAAUCCAAAGAAAAGAGGAAAAUAUGAUGAAACUGGAACAUCAAAACUAGUAGUAUUUAAAUUAUUGCAUUCCAUUUUAUCAAAACCGAUCGUUUAUGUAUUCUCUGCAUCAACAUACAGUUUUAAUGGAUAUGAAAUAGUGGAUUCUAGUAGUAUUACGGAUUUGCAAUCUAUGAUAGAAAAGGAUACAAAUAUACCAGUAAAUCAACAAACUUUGACAGAUUAUUUUGGUAAAAUUCUUAUUGAAAACCACAUGCCACUUCUAUCACAAAUUCAGGAUCCAGUUUUAUUCGUUUUCAAAAAUGAAAGUCCUUUAAUAGAGAAUGUGCCUGUACUGCAUAUUCCUACAGAAAUUCAAAAAAUGAUAGAAUUUUCAAGAAGUCAAGUGGAUUUUGAGACUUUACAAGAUUAUUACAGAGCAACAAUAUUUUUUAUCAAGCAGAAAAUAUAUUUCUUUCAAUUAUAUAUUUUUGCUUUAACUAUAAAAGUGUAAGUGCUUUGUACAUUUUUAUUUACAGAUAAACUAGAUACAUUUAAUGAGAAUAUAAUGAGUGCAUCAACAAAUGUAAAUGCUCUUUUGAGUGAGUUAUCUACAGUUCGUUUUGAAUGGAGUGAAACAUCUGUAGAUAAGGAGAAAAUGGCAGCUUUGGAAACUAAUUUUGUUAAAGUCAAUAAACUUGGUAAGGCUACUAAUCAAAUAAAAUUAGAAUUCAGUCCAUUUAUGCAGAAAAAAAAUGAAUUAAGAGAAGCAGUUAAAUCUAUUGAUUGUACUAAAGAUAUGUCUCAAAUGUAUAAUAAAGCUACAAAAAUAUAUGAGCUGCAUAAAGACGAACGUUCUCAUAGAUGUGCAGAACCAACAGAUAUAUUAAAAUUAGAAAUGGAACUUAAAAAAUUGGAAACUAUUUUUGACUCAGUUAUUACUAUGACAACAGUCUAUAAGAAAGAACUUAAAAAUAUAAUCCAAUACAAUUGUAACAACAUGGUUGAUAUUUCUAAUCAAGAAUGUUUAAAUACAUCCAACACUAUCAACAAGGAUAUAAAAGUUUUAUCAAGUAAUGAUAGCAUGAAAGUGUCAAAUAAAUUUAAUAGUGCUCAAUUUUCAAAUACGUCUGUUAUUAAAUGCGGAGAAAUUACGGAUGCAGACAAUGAUGUAUAUAAUAACUUAGUAAUGCGUUACACAUUAGAUAACUUUUUCACAAAAGUGCGAAAUAAAUAUCUGGAAUGCCUUAGUUUGGAGCCGUAAGCAUACAAUCGAAAACAUAGUAUUUUUUAAUAUUCUUGGAGCUCUUGGAAUAUAAUGCCGCACACCCCA